AUGCGCCCUCAAGCCCUUAUCCGAUUUGUCCUUCCAACCGCAAUCCUCGCCCAAUCCCCCGAUACCUCCCUCGGCUCCACCCUCAACAUAACUGUGCUCGGCGCGCGCCAUAAUCGCUCCACCUUAGAGUGCUGGGCUCUCCAGCCGGGAUUUGAAAUUUCCGACCAACCCGGGCAGGCCGGGACAGCCGAGCUGGAUUUAGGGACUAUCGGCGGGAAUGCGUCGUUUACGGUGUUGCCGGCUGGGUUUGAUGGGGGCAGACAUAACGCGCCUGCUAUGCAAUGGGUGGUCUUCCUCUCCGGUUUAGCGCAUAUCACGCUCCCUAACUCAACCACUGAGGCCUGGAUUCAAGGUGGCAAGAAUGGAGUUGUCCUAGUUCUCGACACUGCUGAUGUCAGUACAUUGGGCCACUUCACUAAAUACCCCUCACGGGACCGGACAACAUCCGUGCUAAUUCCUCUUGGGGAGAAAGGGGUGCCGGGUCAUCGGGUUCUGCAUGGGGGUCCCUGUCAGGGGGAGGAGCUACUGGUGUAA